UACAUAAGUCAUUCCGAUAAUAAAUGUGAAUUCGUGAAAUUAGACUGCAAGGAUUGGGUUUACUAGUUUUGUGGGAACAGUUUCUGCCCGUUUUAAAUAGCUCUUCCCCUGCCGUUUAAAUGUGUACAGAGACUGAGACAUAACAUGAGCACUUUAUCACUCCUGUGUUGCAAAUAACAGAGACGCGUAUAUAUUUCAGCCAAGCCCCUGUGUUUAUGUGCAAGUCUACAUCUAGAAUCGUGCCGGUGUCUGUUCCUCCGUAGAAGCCACGUCUCUGGUUAAUGCAUAAUUAAAGGACAAUGCAAAACCUCAGGAAUAAAAGUUUUGUCCUGAGUUAUUCGCUCGACCUAUUGUUAAGGCACGCUCUGGUGAGAGUGAAUCCAGAAGGCGGGGUCUGCGCCACUCGCUCUUUGUGAAUCAAUAGAUGCUCUGCUUUGAGUGGUCAUCGAGAGGCUACCGGAGCAGCUCUUGAUUUGGGAAGUGUUUUGUCAGCGCCGAGGAAAAGCUGCAGUUUUAGUUUGGGGCGGGCUGUUUGGGACAACCAGUCUGCCGUGAGCCGCCACAGACGGAGCGUGAACUCCACAGAGCGCUCGCGCAGCUUGCAGCCGAGCUUCACGCAAAUGCACAAGUUCAUGCGUGCAACAGAUCUGUCUGGGAGGGCAUCGGUCGAGUUGAGUUCUGAUGUUUUCAUAUCGGUGAGUCGCCAAAGACCGGACUUCUUCUACUCCAGUGGUGCCCGUGACCAUUCCACCCGUGAAAAUGCGCUGGAUUUAAUCACAAGAAUUAACUUCUGAACGAACAUACAGGAUUUGAUAUGGUCAACUUUUGAAAAAGGAGCGAAUUGAAUCAUUUUUUGUGGAUUUACUUUAACGGAGCUUACUGGAGAUUUCCUCGAAAAUGACAACCACCAAAGGAAACAUUUUUUGCGGUGCGUUUGUGCAACUUGUUUUGGUUGUGUUUUUGUCGCAAUACGCUUCAGGCAAGACACUAAAGUAUAAGGUAUAUGAAGAACAGAAGGUAGGCACGGUAAUUGCAAGACUUAAAGAGGACGUUUCUGAUGUAUUAUCCAAACUGCCUGGUUCCAUCUCUCUGCGCUUCCGAGCGAUGCAAAGAGGGAGCACAUCUUUUCUGUCAGUUCGGGAGCGAGAUGGGGAAAUUAGCAUCGGAGCCAAAAUCGACAGAGAAAAGCUGUGCGAGAAGAACCUUAAUUGUUCCAUCGAAUUUGACGUAAUUACACUCCCCACGGAGCACUUACAGUUGUUUCAUGUAGAAGUGGAAGUGUUGGACAUUAACGACAAUUCGCCACAGUUUUCCCGUUCCAUAAUCCCCAUUGAAAUAUCGGAAAGCGCUGCGGUGGGGACUCGGAUUCCGCUGGACAGCGCUACGGAUCCAGACGUUGGUGAGAACUCCCUGCACACUUAUUCUUUGACCCCGAACAACUUUUUCAAAAUUGAUAUUCGCACAAGAACUGAUGGGGCCAAGUACGCGGAGCUUGUUGUGCUCAGGGAGCUGGACAGAGAGGUGCAGUCCAGAUACGAACUCCAGCUGACGGCUUCGGACAAAGGCGUGCCUCCCAAGUCGGGUUCAACGCUUCUUAAAAUUACCAUAUCGGAUUCCAACGACAACAGCCCGGUUUUUGAAGAGUCGUCGUACAUUAUAAAUCUGCCUGAGAAUUCACCCCUGGGCUCUCUGCUUAUUGACCUUAACGCAACGGACGCAGACGAAGGCACUAACGGCAAAAUAGUCUACUCUUUCAGUAGCCACGUCUCGCCCAAAAUUUUAGCGACAUUUCGAAUAAACUCAGAAAACGGCUAUGUGACGCUUAUUAAAGCUGUGGACUUCGAGGCCACCGUUUCCUACGAGAUCGAUGUGCAGGCUCAAGACCUGGGACCAAAUUCCAUGCCAGCACACUGUAAAAUUAUCAUUAAAGUGGCUGAUGUGAACGAUAACAGACCUGUGAUCAGCAUUAACUUAAUGACGCAGGGGAAGGAAGAGGUGGCCUACAUAUCGGAGGCAGCCCCCAUAGACACGUUUGUAGCUCUGGUAAGGGUUGAGGACAUCGACUCAGGCUUAAAUGGAGAGAUUGUGUGUCGUCUGCAUGGCCACGGACACUUCAAGCUUCAGAAGACGUAUGAAAGAAACUACAUGAUCUUGACUAACGUCUCUUUAGACCGGGAAAGGAGGUCUGAGUACAGCCUGACUGUGAUAGCAGAGGACAGAGGCGUCCCCAGCCUGUCCUCCAUCAAGCACUUCUCCGUCCGGGUUUUGGACGAGAACGACAACCCGCCUCGUUUUGAGAAGAGCAGGUACGAAGUCUUCAAGUCCGAGAACAACCCUCCGGGCGCCUAUCUCACCUCAGUGGUGGCCAGCGACCCCGAUUUGGACCUGAACGGGCAGGUGACCUACGCCAUUCUGGAGAGCUUCGUUCAGGGGAGCUCCAUCUCCACCUACGUCACCAUCGACCCCUCGAGCGGCGCCGUGUACGCGCUGCGGUCCUUUGAUCACGAGGACGUCAGCCGCAUCGCGUUCGUGGUGCAGGCCAGGGACUCCGGCGACCCUCAGCUGCAGAGCAACGCCACCAUGGUGCUCACCGUCCUGGACGAGAACGACAACCCGCCGGUCAUCGUCGUGCCGCAGCUGUGGAACCACACGGCCGAGGUGCCCGUCUCCAGGCGCGCCGGCGCGGGGGACCUGGUCACGGUCAUCCGCGCCACCGACCGCGACGCGGGGGUCAACGCCGAGCUCACCUGCUCCAUCGUCGCGGGCAACGAGGACGGCUUCUUCGCCAUGGACCACAGGAAGUGCGAGCUGCGGGCCAACGCCAGCAUGGAGGCGGUGCCGCGGGAGCAUGUGGAGCUGGCGGUCCUGGUCCAGGACAAGGGCAGCACGCGGCUGAGCGCCCGGGCGGUCCUGAGGUGCACCCUCUACGAGCACGUGGACAGCCACAUGCAGCCCGUGCCCACCGGGGGCAGCUACCCGGCCCUGGACGUCUCCAUGGUGAUCAUCAUAUCGCUGGGGGCCAUCUGCGCGGUGCUCCUGAUCAUCAUGGUCAUGUUCGCCACCCGGUGCAACCGCGAGAAGAAGGACACGCGCUCCUACAACUGCCGCGUGGCCGAGUCCACGUACCAGAACCACCCCAGGAAGCCCUCGCGACAGAUUCACAAGGGGGACAUCACGCUGGUGCCCACGGUGAACGGCACUCUGCCAAUCCGGGCACACCACAGGUCGCCGUCGGCCUCGCCCACCAUGGAGAGGGGUCAGAUGGGCAGCCGGCAGAGCCAUCACAGCCGCCAAUCACUGAACAGCCUGGUCACCAUCUCCUCCAAUCACAUUGCAGAGAACUUCUCCCUUGAGCUUGCUCAUGCUACUCCACCAGUUGAGCAAGUCUCACAGCUUCUGUCCAUGCUUCAUCAGGGCCAGUACCAGCCAAGGCCAAGUUUCCGUGGAAAUAAAUACUCAAGGAGCUACAGGUACGCCCUCCAAGAUAUGGAUAAAUUCAGCCUGAAGGACAGCGGCAGGGGGGACAGUGAGGCGGGGGACAGUGACUAUGAUUUAGGGAGGGAUUCUCCCAUUGACAGGCUGCUGGGAGAAGGCUUUAGUGAGCUCUACCUCACAGACGGGCAUCACAGGCUUCACCCGACAAUGAAGCUGUGCACAGAUGAAUGCCGGGUGUUGGGGCACUCGGACCAGUGCUGGAUGCCCCCCCUCCCCUCCCCCGCCUCCUCGGACUACCGGAACAACGUGUUCAUCCCUGGGGAGGACAGCCAGCAGCCCUCGCUGGAGGAGGACCAGCAGUCCGUGGACUCCGGCGACCGGAAGAAGAGCUUCUCCACGUUCGGGAAAGAGCCCGGCGGCGAGGAGGGGGCGGGCGGCGACCUGUGCGGCGGGGGCGGGGGGGACGCCUCCCUCCUCUCCGAAAUGAACAGCGUCUUCCAGCGGCUGCUGCCGCCCUCGCCCGGCAGGUACGCGGACGCGUGCCGGGAGCCCGAGCGGAACGGGUCGCUGGAGCGGCGCAAGGGGCACCUGCCCGGGAAGUGCAGCGCCUACCCGCAGGGCGUGGCGGCCUGGGCCGCCAGCACCCACUUCCAGAACCCGGGGGGCAGCGUGGGGCCGUGCCAGGCCAGCGCCCACGCGGGCACGCAGGCCCCACUCAAGUGGCUCCCCGCCAUGGAGGAGAUCCCCGAGAACUACGAGGAGGACGAGUUCGACGUGCUGGGCCACCUCCAGGUCGCCCGCGGCGACAGCAGGCACGAGCUCAUGGACGCCAGCGAGCUGGUGGCCGAGAUCAACAAACUCCUGCAAGAUGUCCGGCAGAGCUAGACAAGAAAAUGGCCGCCCCCCCCCCCCCGUUCUCUCUCCCGUGUUUAAAGGGAGGGGAGGACCCUGAGAACUGCGCUCACCAUUCCAUUGCAUUUAUAAUGUGAAUGUGUCUGUGAAUGCUAACGAUUCAAAUAUGUUGUAUUAUUAUUAUUGUUCGGUACAGUGUACACAAAGUGAGUGUAAUGAUCUUUGUAUUUUAAAAAUACAUUUGUACUCUUUAUAUUUAUAUAUAAAUGUGUGUGUGUGUGUGUAUGUCUGUGUCUGUGUGUGCGAGCGUGGGUGCGUGCGUGCGUGGGUGCGUAAAAUGAAUCAAAGAAAAAUCUAUUUUUAUACUCAAAGUGCAUGUUGUAAAAAUGAAACAAGAUUUUGAUGAUGUCUGAAAAAAUAUGUUACUGUAAAUAUGAAGUAUGUAAUGGGCAUGAUCCUUUGGUUUUGGGGGUGUAGGUGGGAACAGUUGAAAUGUGCAGGUAUAUUUGGGCAUAACCUGAAAGUAUUACAUUUGUAAUCAUGUUCUGAAACGUUUUCUGAGUAACAGAAAAAUAAAAAAGGGAUCGGCUGAAUUCCAACUUUCCAUUCUGAGUGA